AGUCAUCCCGAGCACUGGUUUGCAACAGCUUGGCGCAGCAGCGGCGGCCGCGUGCUUGCAACAUCAACAACGGGUGGUGUGGGUCUUCAAGCACGCGUUGUACACGGGAGUGUUUUUUUUAUGCGAAUUGUACAUGAGAGUGUUUAGGUCGCCGGAGCUUAGGAUGUCUGCUCAUGGGCCUUGGCGGAGUGAUGCGGAUGUGCACAGGAGAACACGUUGGAAGCUUCGUCGCCAUCGUCGGUGUGGAGAAAGAGGAGAAGGAUUGCAACCGCGUUGGAGAGAGAAGAGAAUGGAUGGACAUAGGCGGUUGUGCGUCCACCGUGGGCACGCUGUCAAAGAGUGACGCUUCGCUUUCCACCUGGUCAGGAUGGCAACACGAGCCGUGUUGCACUCGCUGAGUUUUCAACUUGACCGGUGUUGCGGCCGACGUGAGUGGUGGGGUUGAUUUUUCAGCGUCAAAUACUGUAUUUCGGUUCUUGGAAGAAAUUAAUGGCAGCCAAAGUUAAGCCGUGCCUAUAAAAGAUCAUUGAUGCAUGGUCGUUUGCUGCACCCUCGCUCUGCCUCUCCAAAGCUGCUACAUCUGAAUAGGAGUAUAAGAGUCAUGGCGCGCCCCUGCACGCCGUCGUUGGCAGCGGCUCUGCUAUGCCUGGUGAUCAUAUCGGGCGAGCGGUUCUUGCCGCAGUGCGCGGGCUGUCCGCGUGAUGAUAGGAGGGCGCUUCUGGACAUCCAGAGUUUCCUCUCUGAGCACUUGCCGUUGAACUACUGGGAUUCGAGCAUCAGAGACUGCUGCCAGUGGAGGGACGUCACCUGCGACUCCCGCACAGGCCGUGUCACGGGCCUGGACCUUGAUGCGUUUCCAUACCCACCUGCGUCGCCACUCAACACUUCUCUCUUCCUUCCCUUGGAGGAGCUGCAGAGUCUGUCCCUGAAGAACGUCGGUAUAAACGGAUGCAUGCCUGGUGCAGGCUUUGAAAUAUGGUCAAAAUUAACAAAACUAAAAGUUCUUGAUCUAUCUGGAAAUAUGUUGAACGACAGUAUCAUCACAUCCUUAGUUGCACUUUCAACAAUUCGAUCCCUCUUCCUCAAUUAUACCGCCUUGAGCUCUGCUGUGACAAUUCAACAAUUGAGCACAAUGAAGCUAGAGACUCUUGAUCUAAGUGAUAAUGCAAUCAACGGAACCAUAUCAACAGGUAUUUGUAAUAUGGAGAUUCUACAAGAGUUACAUCUUAAUGACAAUAUGCUAUUCGGGGAGCUUCCAUCAUGCAUAGGAAAUCUAACUUCCCUCAGGGUUCUCGAUCUGUCAAAUAAUCUAUUAAGAGUCAAGUUCCCAUCUCCUAGCUUUGCAAAGUUCACAUCACUCGUGAAACUUUCACUCUCCAAUAACCAUCUCGAAGGAGUUCUCUUCUUGAGUUCCUUGUCAAACAAUAGACAAUUGACACAUCUAGAACUUGCAAGCAGCGGGAAUGAUUUCCAGCUGCAAACUGAGAAUCCAGCAACGGAUAUGUCAGCUCAGCUUCAAGUACUAGUACUGCGCAAUUGCAACCUUAAUGGAAACUCUGCCGUUAUACCAAGAUUUCUGUUGCAUCAACAUUCACUAGACUUAAUUGAUAUGUCUAAUAAUAACCUAGGUGGUUACUUCCCAUCAUGGCUGAUAGAGAACAACGUGAACCUAUCAUAUCUAAUUCUGCGAGGUAACUCUUUCAGUGGACCUCUUUUUCCUCCACCCAAAGUACACAUCAAUUUGCAAUGGUUGGAUGCAUCUUGCAACAAGCUAAGCAAAUUAACUAUGGAAAUCAAUGUCUCUUUACCCAAUCUGCAGUACCUAAACUUGUCAGACAAUUCUUUUCAGGGUGUCUUUCCUUCUUCCUUUAACAACAUGGUUAGUCGAGUAGGUGUAGACUUGUCUUCCAACAAUUUCCUAGAUGACAUAGGGGCCGCAUUCAAGUCCCGCCACAUUUUUUCUCAUCUAGUGCUAAAUGACAAUAAAAUCACGGGGAAAAUUCCUGAGAGCAUAUGUUUUAAUAUAUUCCUUACUGUGCUUGAUUUUAGCAAUAACAACUUGAUUGGCUCUCUCCCUACGUGCAUUUAUGCACUCCCUCUUCUCGUCAUCUUGAAUUUAAAAGGGAACUCAUUGGUUGGAUCGAUUCCGUCAGAGAUAUGCCACCUCAAUAGACUUAUCUUUCUUGAUGUCUCGAGAAACAAUCUUUCUGGCCCAAUUCCUUGUUUACCCAAUGUGCAGUACCUUCACCUAAGUGAAAAUCAAUUUAAUGGAACUUUUCCGUUGUCCUUGGGAACUGAUAUAUAUACAAUCGAUCUACAAGGAAACCAGUUCAGUGGCAUCCUUCCAAGGUUGAUGUUCAAGGCCUUUCCAAAGCUACAAAUAAUGUUGUUGGAACGAAAUAUGUUCGAAGGAAUGAUUCCAAAUGAUAUAUGUCAUUUGAAGUGUUUGCGCCUACUAGAUCUGUCUCAUAACAAGCUAUCCGGGAAGCUACCCUCGUGCUUGAGCAAUAUUGGAUCAGAUGAUGAGUCAUUUAAUUUCCAGUACAGUGAUAGAAACAUUACUUCUAUUUUUCUUAUGUUUCCGGUGAGUUCUUAUCAAGAUCUCUUAGCCCAAUAUACUAAAUUUAUUUCGCAACCAGACCAAGAGGAAUUCAUGACCAAGAGCAGGAAGGACUACUACAAGGGUAACAUGCUCAACUACAUGUCUGGACUUGAUUUCUCUUCGAACCAGUUGAAAGGAUCCAUUCCUGAAAGCAUCGGUGACAUGAAAUGGUUACGUGCACUGAAUUUCUCGGCCAAUUACUUCGAUGGAUCUAUACCACAAUCCUUAUCAAACUUAAGUGACCGGAUCUCUCUCACAACAACUUGGCGGGCCAAAUACCUUCAGAGCUAG